AUGAAUCCAGUAAUACCAUGCUCUAUUGGCAAUGUUUCAAUUAUUCCUGGAUUCGCCUAUUCAACAAGGAAGAAUAACACUUUAACAAGAUUCAACUUGUCACGGAGCACUGUAAAACUUGGAUUAUCAUCUUGGAGAUUGCUAUUACCUUCAUUUGUUGCCAGUGGAACAUUUCCACCAAACAAAAGUAUAGGCUCGUUUCAUAAGAAGUCUAGAACCUCCAUAUCAGCCACAGAAACAGAUGUAGCAGUAGAGGAACCAGGUCCACCUGUUGCAGAUGAAGAUUCUGGUGAAAUUCCUUCAAAUGAAAUUGGAAUAAGUGAAGAUUCAUCUCCUAAGUCUGAUGCCAACCCUGAUCCAGCUAAAGCCAAGCGUUCAAGACCUGCAAGGAAAAGUGAGAUGCCUCCUGUAAAGAAUGAGGAUUUGAUUCCUGGGGCAACUUUUACUGGGAAAGUGAAAUCUGUCCAGCCAUUUGGUGCCUUUGUUGAUUUUGGUGCUUUCACAGAUGGUCUUGUUCAUAUUUCAAUGUUGAGUGAUACCUAUGUUAAGGAAGUUGCAAGUGUUGUUUCUGUAGGCCAAGAAGUGAAGGUGAAGCUGAUUGAAGUGAAUAAUGAAACUCGGCGUAUUUCUCUCUCUAUGCGAGAAAAUGCUGACACUGGUAAGCAACGAAAAGAUACACCUGUCAAGACAGAGAAAGCUGAAGGUGGCAAGAGGAACACGUCAAAACCCAGUCCAAAGAAAGAUAAUGUGAUGAAAAGCACAAAAUUUGUUGUAGGACAGCAACUGUUUGGUUCAGUGAAGAAUCUGGCAAGGAGUGGUGCUUUUAUAUCUCUUCCUGAAGGGGAGGAAGGAUUUCUGCCUAUAUCUGAGGAACCUGAUGAUGGAUUUGAUAAUGUUAUGGGAAACACUAGGCUGGAGGUUGGUCAAGAAGUUGAUGUAUGGGUGUUGCGUAUCAACAGAGGACAAGUAACAUUGACUAUGAAGAAGAAGGAAGAUACAGCAGAUUCAGACUCAACAUUUAACCAUGGGGUUGUCCAUACUGCAACAAACCCUUUUGUGUUGGCUUUUCGUAAGAACAAGGAUAUUGCUUCUUUUUUGGAUGAGAGGGAGAAACCUCAGAGUGAAGGUCAAAAAACAUCACCUGGAACAACUUUGGAAGAAAUUAAGGGAGCUGUCAAGCAAGGGGAAACUGUAUUGGAUGUUCCUGACGUGCAGGGUGAACCAGAGAGCAGCAAGUUGACAGAUGAUAUUCCCUCUGCAGUCAAACAAAUUGGUGAAGGCGAUAUUUCGGAAAACGGGGAAAAUGUGGGAACCAGUGCGACGAAUGGGUCCUCAACAGCUAUUGUGGAUGAUGAAAGUAACCUAGUCAGCAAUGUUUCUAACCCAACACCAGGUAUAGAUACUGCUGUUGAGAAUGAAGAGGUAGUUUCUGGAAGUUUGACUACUGAAGAGGAUCUAUCUACUGUAAAUCCAACAAUUGAGGAAGCUACUCAGACAGAGAUCACAACAAGUGAUUUGAAAACUGAGUCACUUGUUGAAUCAGCUAUUGAGAAUGUAAUAGAAAGCGGAGUUGAUGAAAUUAUCACAGAAGAUGAGAAACAAUCACAAACUCCUAAUGUAAUGGAAGAAUUUGCAGCUGCAGUUCUAACUGAUACUGAUGCAGUUGAACCUAGCCCUGAUGGAAAUGGUACUAUUACAGAAUCAGAUAAUACGUUGACUGCACCAGCCCUGCAAGAAACAGCAGACGAUGAUGUUGGAGUUGUACCUGAGAAGAAUGACGGUGAUACUAUUUUGAGUGACUUAAGUGGCAACUUGUCUCCUGAGGGAAGCUUGAACAAAGAUGAAACAGAAGAAAAUGAUCAAGUUCCUUCUCCAGAAAUUUCUGCCACUGAAGUAGUAAAGACCUCCAUUGAUAACCCUGAAGAAGAAUUGCAAAAACAACCUCCUGCCACAGAGAAUGAAAGUUCUUUUACCUCACAAGUUGAAGAGAAAGAGGUUGCAAUUGCAUCGGAGAAAAAUAUCAGUAAAUCUAAUUCUGAUGGACAAACCAGUGCUACUUCAGGAGAAGGCUCAAUUAAAGCAACUAUAUCGCCAGCACUUGUGAAGCAACUUCGGGAAGAAACAGGAGCUGGAAUGAUGGAGUGCAAGAAAGCUCUAUCAGAAACUGGUGGGGACAUUAUUAAAGCACAAGAGUACCUUAGGAAAAAAGGCUUAUCAAGUGCAGAAAAGAAAGCAAGCAGGGUAACUGCGGAAGGAAGGAUAGGUUCGUACAUCCAUGACAACAGGAUAGGUGUUUUGGUAGAAGUAAAUUGUGAGACAGAUUUUGUCUCACGAGGUGAAAUUUUUAAAGAGCUUGUCGAUGAUAUAGCCAUGCAAGUGGCUGCAUGCCCUCAAGUAGAGUAUCUUGUCACUGAAGAUGUUCCUGAGGAAAUCGUGAACAAAGAAAAAGAGAUAGAAAUGCAGAAAGAAGAUCUUUUGUCAAAACCAGAGCAAAUAAGAUCAAAGAUUGUUGAAGGGCGGAUAAAUAAAAGACUAGAGGAGCUAGCAUUGCUUGAGCAGCCCUACAUUAAGAAUGAUAAAGUAGCAGUUAAGGACUUGGUCAAGCAAACUAUUGCUACUAUUGGCGAAAAUAUUAAAGUUAAAAGGUUUGUGCGAUUCAACCUUGGGGAGGGUUUAGAGAAGAAAAGUCAGGAUUUUGCAGCUGAAGUAGCUGCACAAACUUCGGCAAAACCAGCAUCUACACCAGCAAAUGAGCAACCUGCUGUUGCAGAGGCCAAGGAGAAUGAGCCAAAGCCAUCAACGGUAGUAGUCUCAGCCUCAUUAGUUAAACAAUUGAGGGAAGAAACUGGAGCAGGGAUGAUGGACUGUAAGAAAGCUCUAGCUGAAACAGGAGGGGAUCUUGAAAAGGCCCAAGAAUACCUCAGGAAAAAGGGUCUCUCCACUGCUGACAAGAAAUCGAGCAGGCUAGCAGCAGAAGGCAGAAUUGGUUCAUACAUACAUGAUUCUCGCAUUGGCGUUCUAAUUGAAGUGAACUGUGAAACUGACUUUGUUGGGAGAGGCGAGAAAUUCAAGGAGUUGGUCGAUGAUCUUGCAAUGCAAGUGGUGGCCAGCCCACAGGUGCAGUUUGUAUCCAUUGAAGAUAUUCCAGAGACUAUUGUGAACAAAGAAAAGGAACUUGAAAUGCAGAGAGAGGACCUUCUCUCAAAACCAGAGAACAUUAGAGAAAAAAUUGUUGAGGGAAGGGUCUCAAAGAGGCUCGGGGAGCUUGCUCUUCUAGAGCAGCCUUUUAUCAAGGAUGACAGUGUUUUAGUGAAAGACUUGGUGAAGCAAACUGUGGCUGCACUCGGAGAAAACAUCAAAGUGCGUCGAUUUGUUAGGUUCACGCUUGGAGAAACAGCUGAAAAAGAAACAGCAGUAGCAGCAUAA